GCUGUGACAGUGCAGGCCAAAUACUUGGGAAUGGCUUAAGCUAUGUGGAUAUCCAGGAUCCGAGAGCUGCAUUUGCAGAUAACUUGGUUGCGGGAGAUUAUCAGAGACUGAUGACUGUGGCAGAGACCAUCACAGCACUAAUGUUUCCGUUUCAGUGGCAGCAUGUGUAUGUUCCUAUCCUUCCAGCAUCCCUCCUUCAUUUUCUAGACGCUCCUGUUCCUUACCUCAUGGGCUUGCACUCUAAUGGGCUGGAUGACAGGUCUAAGCUGGAACUUCCUCAAGAGGCUAACCUGUGCUUCGUGGAUGUAGACAACCAUUUCGUCGAGCUGCCAGAGGACUUACCCCAGUUCCCAAAUAAACUUGAGUUUGUUCAGGAAAUUUCAGAGAUACUAAUGGCUUUUGGAAUUCCACCUGAGGGAAACCUUCACUGCAGUGAAAGUGCCUCCAAGAUGAAGAGCCUCAGAGCAUGUGACCUGGUUUCUGAUAAAAGAAAUGGGAACAUAGCAGGAUCACCUUUGAAUUCCUAUGAGCUGCUAAAGGAAAAUGAGACCAUUGCAAGACUCCAAGCACUUGUUAAAAGAACAGGUGUGAGUCUAGAAAAGUUGGAGGUGCGAGAGGAGACCAGUAGCAAAAAGGAUCUUAAAAUUCAGUGUGAUGAAGAAGAAUUCAAGAUUUACCAGCUGAACAUUCAAAUCCGUGAAGUAUUUGCCAACCGCUUUACACAAAUGUUUGCAGAUUAUGAAGUAUUUGUCAUUCAACCCAGUCAGGACAAGGAAUCUUGGUUUACAAACAGGGAACAGAUGCAAAACUUUGAUAAAGCAUCUUUCUUGUCGGACCAGCCUGAACCUUACUUGCCUUUCCUCUCGAGAUUCCUGGAGACCCAAAUGUUUGCAUCUUUUAUUGAUAAUAAGAUUAUGUGCCAUGAUGAAGAUGAUAAAGACCCUGUUUUGAGAGUAUUUGAUUCUAGAGUGGAUAAAAUUAGGCUGCUAAAUGUUAGGACACCAACUCUGCGCACAUCUAUGUAUCAAAAGUGCACAACCAUUGAUGAGGCUGAGAAAUCUAUUGAAUUAAGGCUAGCAAAAAUAGAUCACACUGCAGUCCACCCACACUUACUGGACAUGAAAAUUGGACAAGGGAAAUAUGAGCUUGGAUUUUUUCCGAAGCUUCAGUCUGAUGUGUUAUCCACUGGACCAGCAAGCAACAAGUGGACAAAGAGAAAUGCUCCUGCACAGUGGAGGCGGAAGGACAGACAGAAGCAACACACAGAGCACCUGCGUCUUGACAAUGAUCAGAGAGAGAAGUAUAUCCAAGAAGCCAGGAAUCUCGGCAGCACCAUUCGGCAGCCCAAACUGUCUAACCUCUCUCCAUCGGUAAUUGCACAAACAAACUGGAAGUUUGUAGAAGGGCUGUUGAAGGAGUGCCGAAAUAAGACCAAGAGGAUGUUGGUUGAAAAAAUGGGUCGAGAAGCUGUGGAGCUAGGUCACGGUGAAGUGAAUAUCACAGGUGUAGAAGAGAAUACCCUGAUAGCCAGUCUGUGUGACCUCUUAGAAAGGAUAUGGAGCCAUGGUCUGCAAGUCAAACAGGAUAGAAGCUGUACUGCUUUCAUCUUAGAAGACAGAGCAUCAGUAUACUCUGCUUCAACUCAGAUUUGGGCCUUUCAGACCACCAGACGGCCAACCCUACAUAAGGGAAAGUCUGCUUUGUGGUCUCAUCUGUUACACUAUCUAGAAAACAGACAGAGAAAAACUACAUCAGGCAGCUUCAGUACCUCAGGAAUACUUCUUGAUUCAGAAAGGAGAAAGUCUGAUAGCAGUCCAGCCAUGUCACCUCUUAGAAUCUCUCUCAUCCAGGAUAUGAGGCAUAUCCAGAACAUUAGUGAGAUCAAAACAGAUGUUGGCAAAGCCAGAGCCUGGGUGCGUCUCUCUAUGGAAAAGAAGUUGCUCUCUAGGCAUCUAAAACAGCUGCUUUCAGACCAUGAACUCACAAAAAAACUCUACAAGCGUUAUGCAUUCCUCCGCUGUGAUGAUGAGAAAGAACAAUUCUUAUAUCAUCUCCUGUCGUUCAAUGCUGUUGAUUACUUUUGUUUUACCAAUGUUUUCACAACAAUCUUGAUACCAUACCAUAUAUUGAUUGUUCCUAGCAAAAAACUUGGUGGCUCAAUGUUUACAGCCAAUCCUUGGAUCUGUAUCUCGGGAGAACUGGGUGAAACAGGAGUCCUGCAGAUCCCCAGGAAUAUAUUAGAAAUGACUUUUGAGUGCCAGAACCUGGGAAAACUGACCACAGUGCAAAUAGGACAUGAUAAUUCAGGGCUGUAUGCCAAGUGGCUAGUGGAAUAUGUUAUGGUCAGAAAUGAAAUAACAGGGCAUACUUACAAGUUUCCCUGUGGAAGGUGGCUUGGAAAGGGAAUGGAUGAUGGCAGCUUAGAGAGGAUCCUGGUGGGAGAGUUGCUGACUUCCCACACUGAGGCUGAUGAGCGGCAGUGCCGAACCCCUCCUUUGCAGCAGUCACCAAGCAUGAUCAGAAGAUUUGUCACUAUAUCGCCAAACAAUAAGCCAAAGUUAAAUACUGGUCAGAUACAAGAAGCUAUUGGUGAAGCUGUCAAUGGUAUUGUUAAGCAUUUCCACAAGCCAGAGAAGGAGAGAGGCAGUCUGACGCUGUUGCUGUGUGGAGAAAGUGGACUUGUUUCAGCUCUUGAGCAAGUGUUUCAACAUGGAUUUAAAUCACCAAGACUCUUCAAAAACGUCUUUAUUUGGGACUUUUUAGAAAAAGCACAAACGUACUAUGAGACCCUUGAGCAGAAUGAAAUGGUCCCAGAAGAGAACUGGCAGACAAGGGCCAGGAAUUUCUGUCGCUUUAUCACUGCUAUCAACAACACCCCUAGAAACAUUGGGAAGGAUGGCAAGUUUCAGAUGCUGGUGUGUCUUGGAGCCAGAGACCACCUUUUGCAUCACUGGAUCGCCUUGCUUGCAGACUGCCCGAUCACAGCACAGAUGUAUGAAGACAUAGCACUGAUUAAGGAUCAUACUCUCGUGAAUUCUCUGAUUCGAGUGCUACAGACCUUGCAGGAGUUCAACAUUACGCUGGAGGCAUCUCUUGUCAAAGGAAUUGAUAUUUGACCUCUUGUCCCAUGGGAAAAACUAUCUUUUAAAAAAAAAGAAGAAAAGCAACAAGGAGUGAAUCUCGUUAGUAUGCAAAAGUUCUGUCUGCCAGUACAUUGUAUCGUGAACUUGUUCAUCGCUCUAAAAUGCAACUUUGACUUUUCUUGAAGGAAACUCCAAAAAUAGUACAGGCAAAUGGAUAGAAGCUGUAAACUCAGUGUAAAAAAGAGGAUUUUGGUAUAAAUCUAUUUUAGAGUUUAUUUGCUGAUUUGCUUUUUACACACUUUCAUGUGAAAGAGAUAGAGAUGAGUAUUGUGCAGCUUAUUUUAAAGCUGCAGUAUUUCCUUGCCAUAGAAAACGUGCAGCGAGCCUUUCAGCAUUCUGUGAACUUGCCUUCAGAUAUGCUGUAUGUCAUAGACCCCAAUGUAUACACUCCAUUUCUGCUGAGAAGGUCAUUCUAUAGUUUUUAAACUAAUAUUUUAUAUAUUAACAUUAUU